ACGACAGGCAGAAACCUCUGCGGAGUGUCUAACGAUGUUGUGCAGCGUCGCCCUGCGGGCUCAGAUCGCCUCUGUGAUCGACGUCUUGUCCAAAGCAGCCGUGGCAGAAAUCGCCAAAGUUGUGGAGGAUGGCAUGGUGGUGCUGCGGCUGGAAAUGUGUCAGCGUGAGAGCGAGAUCGAGAAGCUGAAGAACAACAUCGAGGUUCUGCACAACGAGCUGAGAUCGGCGCAGGAGAGAGUGACCCUGCGACCCGACCCCCGCGGCAGGGAUGAGAGUCAAAGCGACGUUGCUGAUGAGAGGAACUUGCUUGAGAAGGUCCACACUGAUAAGGGCCAAAGCAGCCUGUCCAUGCCUGAGGUGCAGGUGAAACGCGAACCUGUAGAAGAAGGAAGUGAAGAGUCCAGAGUACAGCCUGACCAGCCGGCCUUGUAUGAGCAAGACGCUGCGCAGUGGAGGCCGAACACGCAAACUCAGACAGGACGCGACAACUCGGAUUAUUUAAAUUUAGGGCGGAACUCCUUGCUGUGUCUUCCUGAAACGUCUCUGGACUCCGGCCUGGCUCCGCCCUGCAGCAGCGCCGCCGGGUUUCAGCAGAGCCCGUCCAGCCGCGGGCUUCUGGGUUACGGUCAGUACCGUAGCUCGUACAACACGGUACGCAGGAGAACGGUGAAGAGGUUGAUGUUUAAGAAAGGCUUCAUCUGUCCGUACUGUGGUAAAUAUUUUGAGCGCGCCGGGCACCUCGAGAGGCACAAAAGGAUUCAUACCGGAGAGAAACCGUACCGCUGCGAGAUAUGUGGGAGACGUUUCAAUCAGAAAUGCAGCCUGAAGGAGCACAUGAAGAUCCACAGGAGAUCUCUUCUGCCCAGACCGGUGGAGAUGCACGUGGGCGAACAGAAGCACAUCGCAGAGGUGAAUCCGUGUCCUGAUACUCAUCGGCCGGAGGAAGAGAGCCAGAUCAAAGCUGAGGAUGGCUCAGCUGAGAAUGAAGGCAUUUUCACGACACCCGUACACGUCAAAUCUGAGCCUGCGGAGGAGAAUAUCGCACAACCGAUGUUUCAUGGAGGAAACGAGCAGCCAGCGGAGGUAGCAGACAGCCUGAGUGAGAACUUCACAACGUUUGAGAGGGACAGCCAGCAGUGGAUGUCCAGAUUACAAGGACAGAACAACACAGAGAUGAGCAGUGCAGAGUAUCUCGGCAGCUCAGCGCAGAGUAUGGCGUCCUUCCCGGGUGUCGCUCAGUUGCUCCCGCCACCGGUCGAAGCUUCUGGCAGCACGUUCUCCUUCCCGGGGAAGCCAUAUGGGGAACUCAAAAACAGCAUGAUCUCCCAAACACCGUAUGGAUCCUCAGACACGCUGAUGAUACCAGGUGAAGCAGGCUUGCACGGGAUGGCGGCAGCUACGCUGAAUCACCACCAGGAGAGAGCAACCAGCUCUUUUCAGAUGAUCAAACCAAAGAAAUGCUUCAUCUGCUCGUACUGCGGCAAGGUCUUCAAGCGCGCCGGCCACCUUGAAAGACACCUACGGAUUCACACUGGGGAGAAGCCGUACGGCUGCCAUAUCUGCGGCAGGUGCUUCAAUCAGAAGAGCAGCCUCAAGGGCCACAUGAGGACGCACAGAAAUGGGGAGAACGCAGACGUGCCGGAGCCACAUCAACUGACGUUUACAAUGCCUGAUAACGAACCGCUGAAGAACCUGGCAGAACCCAAGACUGAACCGCCAGCUUUAGAGGAACCGUUACCGAGCGCCACGUACAGCGAGCCGGUGGGUGAGCAGACAGUGACGGUGAAGCUGGAGCCGAACGGGGAGGAUUUUCAGACUCUGAGUCAGGCGGCGACUGAUGAGGGCACGGGAGCGCCGCACCACAGUCAGCUGUGGACGUCCGGGAUGGAGAAGAGCGAUGACGCCGCUGAACCAAACAUCUGUGUACUUUUACAUGACGUCAAGUUUCACCUCAGUCCUGCUGCCGGAGCGGCCGGUGAGCAGCAGGGAUAUACCUCACAGAUCAAAGAGCUGUCUUUUCUAGACCACAAAGAAAAGGAAGAAAUGCUGACCAGCGAUCAGUAUUCAGUGAUGGGAAUGCCGUUGCGUAGCACCGACAUGACUCUGGUACCUGAGCUGCAAGAACAACACAUGACACAAGACGUGGCUGUGAAUGAGUACGCCGCAGUGAGUGACAGGACUCACGAGGGAGGUGUGUUUGAAUUUAAUAUGACCGCCCCGGGCGACCGCGGAGGCAACUGUGGCGAGGACGCCGCCAGGCAAAAUUGCUUUAUAUGCUCAGUCUGUGGGCAAAGAUUUGAUAGUUUCAGUUUAUUUCAGAGGCACCAGUGUAAAAAUGUCACAGAGCAAUCCUUCGGCUGCAAGAUAUGCGGUAAGGUGUUUAAUCAGAUGAGCAUCCUGAAACUGCACCUUAAACUGCACGUGGAAUAAAAUCAUUUGUAAUGGACACAAGAAGGAAAAAUACCACCAGGCUUCAUCACAGCUACUUUCUCACGGUCCACAAAUCAAUGUCCCAAAACUUCCAGAAGCUGAAGCAGAACAAAAAGCAUUUGUUUUUUUAUUUACAGCACUGGCUGAGGUCUUCUUUGCAGCAAAGAAAGAAAUGUCUUAGAAUGAUUGAGUCUUGUUGGCGUGAACACAGUGCUUUGCUUGCUUGAAGCUGGCCAGGUCUGGCUUUUGGAGUGGCUCUAAUAAUGACUUGAUUACUAGUAAGGAGAAACCAAACAACGUUGGGUGUUUUAAGUGGCAGUUGAAGCUGUGCUGUUUUCUGGUCUGCAGCCACUCGCUCUUUCCCGUUCUCACGGCGCUUAGUGAAACAUCAGGUGUUUGAUGCGCUCUUGCUUUAAUUUCCUAUUUGGAAGCAGAUCGACGUGCUUGUCGUCAUCCAGGAUAUACUGGGAUAUGUGCAAAAUAUCAUGAUAUACUUUAUGGCUAAACAGUAUUAAGGGGAAUUUGGCCAGUGGUGGAGGAAGCAUUCAGAUCCUUUAUUUUAGCAAAAGUGCUGAUAUCACACUGCAGAAACACUGUGUUACAAGUAGAAGUCCUGCAUUGAAAAUGUAGCAGCCAGUUAAUUUCUGUCAAUCGGCUACUUAGAACUGAUUGUUUCAGCUGUACUUGUAGAAACUGUUAGGUAGUUUAUGACAAAACAUUUGAGAAGCUUUUCAUAUGUUUUGCAUGUAAAAAUCUUAAGUUGGAAUUUGAAGCUGUCAGAUAAAUGCAGUGGAGUAAAACAUGCAAUAUCUCCCUUUGAAAUGUAGUGGAGCAGAAGUAAAAAGAAAAAACUCAAAUUUGUACUCAAGUACUAAUCAGCUGGAAAUACAGGACAGGUUUCCACUCUUUUCAGUUAGACUGUGCUGUUCUUUAAACAGACGUUCUACCACUGCUUACUGUAUUGUACCAACACACUUUUGUGACGUGGAUCUACCUUAAAACAUGGAAUGACACCUUUUUUGUUCAUAGAGAUGCGUGCUGUUGAUAAAGCAGAGGGACAGUAGUGCCUUCAUUUUGAUUUGAACCCAACAAACCUUCAUACAACAACGCACAGUAUACGUCAGAUUACUUCUGCCUUCAAAGCUGCCAGAAGUAUGUCCUGAUAAACGCAAUAUUCAGUCGGUCUGAUCUUUCAAAGGGCAAAUUUAAAGCAAGACUUCAAAUCUCCCACUAACCAAAAAUGGCAAACAACUACAUGGUGAUGUUUUUGUUGGAGAAAGGGAAGUAGCUACAAUAUGUUAAUGCUGAAUCACGUGUGUGCAUUAUGUUCACAUAAUUAAAGAAAUGUGAAGUACCUCAGUGCUGCACAGGGCCUUGGAGUGACGCUUCACUUUCUUUUGUUACCUUUGAUAUUAAUUUGGGGGAGAUAUUUUACACAGCCAGUGUUCAGCAUUGCACAUGGGAAACUAACCUAAAAAGCCAUUAAAGUGGUUGAGAACAUUGUUUUGAAUGGUUCUGAAUGACUGGUGCAGUUUGCUUUUGUUCGGAGCAGGUGGGUGAACUUGAAGAGGUCAUUCAAAUAGUUUGAGAGAACUCACACUUCAGGUAAGCCCACAGAAGGAGCCAACAGGGUGACACAAUACCCUUCAGAGUACAGUGUGAUGAGUGCCUGCAGUUUUCACAUGGGUAUGAAGUCCCUAACUCUGCCGCUGCAGUGUAUAUGCCUUUUCAAAACUGUCAAAGCCAAGGUCCUGUAAUUAUUUUCCAGCUUUUAUUUGUAGUGUUUUCAGUUUGCUUUAAUCCAAUACUUUGCUGCACAAGAUCAAAAACAAUCUGACCCCUGUUUGUAGCACGAUUCACCAGCAUCACGUGACCUUUACAGUUGUAGUUUUUCACAGUAUACAAGAUAUUAGAUUACGUUUGAAAAGAUAAUUAUAAUGAAAAAAAAACACAUCUGAUUUCUUUGUUAAGUGUUCUUUUGUGUUUUCAAAUAAAUUCAGC